AUGGCAAGUGUGGACCAAACAAAAGGGCUAUCGGAUAUUAGUAAAGAUGGAGGGAACUUAUCAUCUACUCAGCAAAAGAGUUCUAGUGUGUCCCCUGAGGACCAUCAACCCCACGAAAAGGAUGUUGAGAAUCUGAAUUGUCCAGAGCAAAGAAAUGAAGAAAAUGACUCAACACAAAAGUCUGAACUGACCCUUGCUGAUAGCCAAGACUGUGAUGAUUCUCGGAAAAGGCUGGUUUGUUAG